AAACGUUGUUGCUUUGUAGCCACAUAAUGAGAAAAGUAAAAAGUGAAACAUUUUGCAUCUCCAACAUUCUGCAACUCUAGCCAUGGCUGCAAGUACCAUCAUCACGCUGAAGCUCUCAUCUUUCUUCAGUCUUCUUCUCUUACUUUCAAUCUCUGGUGUGAGUUCUCAUAGCCACCAAAAUGCUUUGAGAGGGACAAUUCCUCCAACAUGCAAACGCCUUGAGUGCCCCACUUUUGAUGCGAUUGAAAUGGGUGAUGGCUAUGAAAUCCGCCACUACAAUAAUUCAACUGUUUGGAUGUCAACUUCUUCCAUUCAAGACAUUUCUCUUGUUCAAGCUACAAGAACUGGCUUCAGGAGUCUAUUUGACUAUAUUCAAGGCAAGAACAACUGGGAGCAAAAAAUUGAGAUGACAGCACCUGUGAUCACAGAAGUUUCAGCAAGUAAAUCCUCAUUUGUUGUGAGUUUUCUUGUGCCAAAAGAGAACCAAGCAAAUCCCCCCCCUGCAAAGGGUCUCCAUGUCCAAAGAUGGAAAAAUGUGUACGUAGCAGCAAGAGAGUUUGGUGGAUAUGCAAACGAUUCAAAUGUUGCGGUGGAAACUGCUGCCUUGCGAGCUAGUAUUGCAGGCACUGAUUGGUCAGGUGCCAUUGAUAAAAGCCAUAGAGAUGGCCAUGUUUACACUGUGGCACAGUACAAUGACCCUCUUGAAUAUGAUAAUAGGGUCAAUGAGAUAUGGCUCUUGUUUGAAAUGGAAACCGAACGGCAUGCAAUAUGAAGUCUGUGAGAGAACCCUGGAUUGUGUUGCAGCUUCUGAGAUUGAUAAAAUAAAGUUUUGAAACAUUUUGCUCAGGCAAUGCCUUUACAUUGAAUAGCGUUUUGGAUUGCAACCUUUAUUGUGUGUUUAGAUUUUCAUUUUUAAAAAAACAAAAUGAUGGUUUGAGCAUAAGGUUUUGCCUUGGUUGACUUGAUAACCAAUGGUUUUGGGAUUUCAAACAGCAAUGCUAUACACUAUUAUGGUCAUUUUGAACA